UCUGCAACUGCAUAUGAUCCAUUGGUGCUCCCCUGGGCGGCGGUGUCGUGGACACUAGGACCCGGAGCGCCGCCUUGCCGGAGAGCAGCGGCGGUGUCGGUGCAUCUGCUGCUCAGACCAGCGAGGAUAUGAGGAACCGAGUUGACAACCCGGGAUCACGCGCGUUGCGGGCGCGGCACGAAGGGCGCUGUACGAUUCCGAGCCGGAGCCGUGCCUACCUUCCUGCCAGCUAGUGUGUCCGCUGACGGACCGGGCGCACCUGCAUUCCCGACGGCUCCGACCAGAGCUGGCGAGGGAGUCGAAGAUGAGGAGAUGUCCCCGGGGAGAUGCCGCUGGCUGAGACGUGCGGGCUGGCAGUUGCCUCGCAACAUGUGCGGCAAGCGGCGGGGCUGCUGCCCGACCCUCGCCCUACUCUGGAUGCCACUGGCCUUAGUGCUACUGUUGGCCGUGUUGUGGCUCGACCCGUUGCCUGGACAGCACCGACAGGAGGGCACGGUGGCGGUCAGCGGGCCGCCGGGUCGGGCACUGCCUCCCCCCGAGCCGUUCGCCGAGGACAAGGUGAUGGUGGCGGCGGAGGGGCCGGCUAGCUCCCGGACUGGGGAAUGGAGGAGUGGGAAGAGGAAAAAGAGGGUGUACCGGCUGGUGAGGGCAGGUAAACGAGGACGGUGGGGAGCGGCCGCCUCGCAGCCCGGACGGCGCGCCGGACGUCUCCCGACACUCGAGCGGCGCAUGAGAGGCUUCAACGAGGUUGUCAGCGAGCGGAUCUCCCUGCACCGGAGACCACCCGAGGUACGCGACCCUUUAUGCCUACAGCAGGAAUACAGUCAGAAUCUGCCAAGUGCCAGCAUCAUAAUUUGCUUUCACAAUGAGGCCUGGUCCACGCUUCUAAGAACAGUGAACAGUGUUAUGGACACAGUCCCAAAAGAAAUUCUGAAGGAGAUCAUUUUAGUGGACGACCUCAGUAACCAAGGGCACCUGAAGGCAGCUUUGAGUGAAUAUAUUUCUAAGUUGGAUGGUGUCAGGUUGAUUCGCAGCAAUAGAAGAUUGGGAGUGAUCAGAGGUCGUAUGCUUGGUGCUGCACGGGCAACAGGGGAUGUCUUGAUUUUCAUGGACUCCCAUUGCGAGUGUCACAAUGGCUGGCUCGAACCUCUCCUGGAUAGAAUAGCUUUCGACAGAACUCGUGUUGUUUCUCCUGUAAUAGAUGUUAUUGAUUGGAAAACGUUCCAGUACUAUCACUCCGUUGAUCCACAGCGAGGAGUUUUCAACUGGAAGCUGGACUUCCAUUGGGAACCAAUACCAGAGUAUGAACAGAAGUGGAGGAAGUCUCCAAUCAGCCCUAUCCAGAGUCCAGCAAUAUCUGGAGGUGUACUGGGAAUCAAUCGACAUUACUUCCAAAAUAUUGGUGCUUAUGAUCCUGGAAUGCUGAUUGGGGGAGUUGAAAAUGUGGAACUCUCUCUCAGGGUCUGGCUCUGUGGUGGCUCAGUGGAGGUCCUGCCCUGUUCUAGGGUUGGUCAUGUGUACCAGAAACAUUCCCAUGACUCUCUACCUGAUGAAGAGACCUUAGUGAAAAACAAAAUUCGUGUUGCUGAGGUUUGGCUGGAUUCUUUCAAGGAGAUCUUCUACAAAAGGGAUCUGACUGCAUAUUUGCUUAGUAAGGCUGAGGUGCCUGACUGUAAGGAACGAAUGCAGCUGCGGAAGAGACUAAGCUGUAAGAAUUUCCAUUGGUUUUUAACUAACAUCUAUCCAGAACUUUAUGUACCUGAGGACAAGCCAGGAUAUUCUGGGGAGACAAGACAAAGGUUUUUGCUAUACAAUAUCGGUACAGGUUUUUGUGCAGAUUAUGAAACUAAAUGGAGUACCAGUGGAUACCCCAUUGUCCUCGCACCAUGCAGUGGAAAUGGGAAUCAGCACUUUGAAUAUAAUAGUAUAAGGGAAAUCCGGUUUGGUGCCAUGGUAGAACUUUGCAUUGAUGUCAGAGAUGACCAGCUCAUAUUACAGAACUGUACCAGCAAAAACAGGAUGGAAUCACAGCAGCAAUGGAACGUGCAGAAGAGUGGAGAAAUUAUCCACGUCUUUUCUGGGAAGUGCAUCGAGGCAAUAAGGAAUGCUACAAGCCAAGACUUGUUUCUGAGACCAUGCAACAAGUCUGCCACUCAACAAUUGUGGCGAUUUGAGCAACUGUCAGUCAUAAAUGAGAGAUGAGCGAUCACUCCUGACACCUAUUAUGUGAUGGCUGCAGUUCAUAUCCUCCUGUCUGGUCAGGAGUUGUGAAGCAUUUCAAGGAUGUGCAGAACCUAGACUACUGACCACAAAUUGUGCCUUGUAAGUUUUUUGCACCGACAGAAAUCCUCAUAAUAGGAGAGGAAACUUUAAAUAUUUCUAUGCCAUUAUUUCCAACAGAGCUGGAAAUGAUGAUUAAAAACAAUUUUGUGGCAUAAUUGAUCCUUCUAAACUCUACCUGUAACUGUGAUUACUACAGCAGAAACUAAAAUAAAUAGCAAAAGCAGGAUCCAUUUAUUGUGUAUUUUUACUUUUUAUAUGUUUAAAUUUUGUUGAACAGCACUGUGUACUUUAAUGAUUAAAUAAGAAAAAAUAAAUUUCAACAGCAUUCCAGUCAAGUUGUCCUAUUUUUCCCAUUGUAUUAAAUACAGUCUGUUUCAAACUGAAAUAAGAAAGCAAACACUGAAAUAGUCAAUGGCUCAAGCUAAAUAAAUCAGAAUUAAAAAAUCCUAGGAAUAUCUGAUAACCCAGUGCAGUCUAGGUAAAAAUACAAUCUAACCAACAAGUUAAAUUGUGUAACAUAUACAUUUAGUUGUCCAAAUUUGGUAUCAAGUACCUACCAAAAACAUUGAGGGAAAUGCCUUUGGGGAUGGAGAAUAGUUUAAUCAUAACGCAUUAGGCAGUGUAUCAACAACAGCACAACUUAAAGGUGAAAUAAAAUCUGGGAGCAAAGUGAACUGUUAUUAAGACAUCCGGGAAUCAAAGGCACUGUUCAAAUGGACAAGUGUCUGUCACAAAGCGCUGGUUUAUUACAAUAUAAUUCUGAUCCAAUCAAUAUGAGAAAAUUGUUUUAAUAAACAAUUAGUAACAUGUUGAAAAGUUUGCCUUAUUAAAAUAAACACAAUUGUCAUUACUCAUAACUGCAGAGAUCCUCAGUGAUGGCAAAUGCAUGGAGGUAGAAAUGGUUAAAAUAAUACCACUCAUGACCAUGGUUUAAAAAAAAGUCCACUCAAUUGAUUUAAGAAACAAACAUUUCUCAAGCAAAAGAGUAUUCUUAUGUUCCUUUGUUUGUACUGGAUUCCUAACAACAGUGAAUGGACAAGCAUCUUCUCUGUAUAACACUUGGUACCAUUCACAAUCCUAACUGAAAAGUGAAGGACUUGCCACCAGUAUAAAAUCUCCUUUUAUCCACAUGAUCAAACAUCUUGUUAUAUGACAAAACCUUAGUCACAUGACAAAUCAUUACAGCAAAUCUAGUUUUAACACACUAACCAUUACCACACUAUUUCCAAAGUUACCUCUUUCAAAACUGCAGUGUAAGUCAAUCAUCAAAUCUUUGGUUUACAAAUGAGAGAAAAUCUGCAGAUGCUGGAAAUCCAAAAAAUCCUUGGAUUAUCGACUUUCAAGCACACCAACCUCUCUAGUAUUAUUUUUGACUGAUAAUUCUUUCAAUUUGUCUAUCUUUGAUUUGUUCUAAUAUUGUGUGCCUUUUUAAAUUAAGAUGCAGAGUAGCAGAUUUGGCAAUGUGAUAUUCCUCUUCCUUGGAAUUCAUCCAAUACUUUCCCCAAAUAUAUUAUUUCUUUAAUGUCAAGCAUUGCCUAACCAUCGCCAAAUGUCCCCUCAAUUCUGGCUAUCCCUUCUGUUUAUAGCUACCAUCAGGCAGGGGUAGAGAAGUCCCACAUUCCACACCACCAUGAACAAGAACAACUACUUUCCUUCAGUCAUUUGGCUCUUGAACCAAUCGGCACAACCACAAUCACUGCAGUUUGGUAACACUAUGAUCACUUUAUCACUUGGCACUAAAAUUAACUUUGUUUUAUUUUGUCCUAAUUAUGUUUUCUUGUAAAAAUGUGUACAAUUUGUUUAAUUUAUGUGUUUUUCUUGUUACUGGUGCUGAUGUGAAGCGAUGUGCCCGCAAUGCUGUUUCUCAUUGCAACUCGCGUACAUGUACUUACCCAUAUGACAAUAAACUUGACCUUGAU